GGUGUUUGGCCCGUGACGCGGCAUGUACACGUAGCCUAGUAGGAUGUGUUCCCUGAAGAUGGUGGCGGUGUGUCAGACUCACUGUCCUGCACAUUUCUUUGCCUGACUUCAGUCGCUUCAGUGACAUCUACUAAAGUGACCUGGUCCUCGGACCUGUUAGCCCUGCAGCCAUGCAGCCACCUCCUCGGACUGGACCUUCGGGGGCCUCGGGCCCACCUCCUUCUGGGCCCAAUAUGUUCCGCAGGACCAGGCCUCACAAGCAUCCAGCAGCUACUGCCACAAUGCCACCUGCUACACAACCCAUGACAAAUCCUUUUGCUUUUGUUGGAGCUCCUCCCCCUAUGGCUGCAGGUGGUGUCCCAACAAUACCCAACAGCAACCCUCCACCAAUGCAGGCCCCACCCAACACCAUGUACUCUCAGGCUGGCUCGGGGCUGCCUCCACAACCACAGACACUGGGGGAUGUCCCAGCUCCUCUUCCUGGUCCCCCACCCUCCUCUCUACCAGGGGUGACACUGUUCAACCCUCACAGUGCAGCAUCCCCUGUUUACUCAGCACCCAGUCCUGUAGGAUACGCAUCCUCGCAUAGUGAACAGGGCUAUUUUAAUUCUACAGAACAGACACCAUCCAUGGCUGCAGAGCCACCUCCUGUGGCCCCGGCACCGGGUCAGACACCUUUUAACCAGGAAUAUCAAGGACAGCCUGCUCCUCAGCCCAUGUUGUUCCAGCCUGUACCUCCCACCUCCUCCUGUUCUCAGUGGGCCCCUGAUCACGGAAGUCGCCCUCCAUCAGUUCAGAACUAUUUCCAGCCUACUAGUGACCCUCCACCACAGCCUUUCACUUUACCUCCACAGACCCAGAUGUACCCCUCCCACACCUCAUCGCCCCAUCACAACACCCCCACCCCUCCAACACAACCUGGACAUCCCCAGGUUCAAGCUCCUCUUCCUCCCCAGAACCCUGUAAAUGCCCCCAGUUCUCAGUGGCCUGACCCAAAUGCACCCCAGCAGCAUAAUUUCCACUUCCAACCUCAGAGCUACUUCAGUCAGACUUCUGCCCCCCAGGACUCAUGGUUCAAUAUGCCUCCACAGGACUCAGGCUACCACCAAAUGGGGACCGGCCUAGCCCAUCCUCAGCCCCGGCCUUACUCUGUUGGAUCUCAACAUGUGCCCAACACUGGGGCUGGGGCUAGUUCUGCCCCUGCCCCAGUCCAUGCCCCAUACUCUCAGGAGUCUGGUGCACUCUCAAUGUUCUUCAAAGACAAUGAUGUGGAAAAUGAAGAAACACUGGCUGGAGAUAGAAACAAGGCAGUGAAUGGUAUCCCUGGAUCUUUUCAGCAUCAGAGCAACCCACAAGCCCACAGUGGCCAAGCAGAUGUUCCUUUGGAUUAUCAAGGACCUCCUCUGCAAGAUCAUUCACACCUACCAUACAUGAAUGAUGGCAACCAUGCUCCACAGGCAGGUACCCAUAAGACUCAUGAUUCCCAGUACGACCAUGUGGAGAAUUUGGAGUGUGUCCCGAACCAGGAAGUAUUACCCAGUGAUAUUCAUGGCAGCCCUGCUGCUACAGCAGCACAUGGAGUUGACCAAUAUGAAACCGGGCCUAACCUCGAGACUCCCGACUCUAUUCAAAGACCAAUUAGAUCGGCCAGUGUGUCAUCCAACUAUAGCAAUAUGAGCCAUGGAAGUGGAAGUGGCACUCGACGGCAACAGGGAGUAGUAGGCACCUUUAUUCAGCAGGAAAGCCCACGUCUCACUGAUGACGCUAGCCUGUUUGCUGCCACUGGAGGCUACUUUGAGCAGAUUGAUUCUUCUCCAGCUGUAGAUAUGGGUGUGCAACAGAGCUCCCUGGAGCAGAUGUGGCCUCCCACACCUAGCCCCCCAAAACCAACUGGCAUCUUUCAAGCCAGUGCUAACAGCUCUUUUGAACCUGUACGCUCUCAUGGGGUUGGGGUGCGUCCUGCUGAAGUUGAUAGGGCUAAAAUGGUCGCGGAAAUGGGUGCAGAUGCUACACCUGGCAACCUGGAGCAGCCACCAGAUAAUAUGGAAAAUAUUUAUGGCUCAGGACACCCCCUUCCUGCUGGGGCUGGUGGUGGUCUCCCUCAUCUGCCACACCCAGUGAUUCUCUCUCUCUCUCGACCGUCAUCCCGUGCUUUCGGGGGCAGUCGGCCCUGUGAGAGCCCUGCCACUACUCUGUGGGCUCAGCAUGACCCUACCAGCUUGGCCGCUGGCAUCCUCCUCGCCCCUGCUGCCCCAACGGUUCUCGCUCCUUUACGAGAGCCCAGUGCUGAUGUCAUCCAACCUCCAGAGGAUGGCGCACUGGACCUGCAACCCUCUCAGAGAAUCCAGCCAAUGUCACAGCAACACUCAGAGAACCUAGAGAACCCACCAAAGGUCAGUGAGGCAGAGCCAACUGACCCUCAAGGCAACCUGGGCUAUGCUUCUCUCCUUGUGUCCGACUCGCUCGACCAGCCUGUUUUGAUUGCCCCGCCUGUGUCCAAUCACAUUGUGAUCGCCCCCAGUACCCCUGCUCAAGCACCCAGUCAAAGUAGCCUUAGGGAAACAACCCCCCCUGUAAGAAUUGUCACACAGGGACAGGGUGCCAGUACCUCCCAACCACCUCCAAUGACCUCCAAUCACAAUCCAGUGUUUGCUCCUGGACCUAUAAGCUUCAAUUCUUCUGCCUCUAACCAGGGCCCGCUCAAUCUGACCCGAGACCACACGGAAGCGGCAACAUCGGACAUUAUAGCUCCGCCGCAGUCUCAGCAAGUCCGCCCUCCUCUCUCAAGGGGCCAAUCGCUGGCUGGAGUCAGCCACUCUGCUCUCCAAGUUAAUCCACAGGCUUCUCUUGUGACUGCUCCCGUCUCUAAUCAUAAUCCGCCGUCAAAUUAUGAACUGCUUGAUUUUUCUAUGCACCAAUCACAAGCCCAGAAUCAAACAUCUGGCCAGCCUUCCUCUCUACACGAGUCUCCACAGUCUAGUAAUGGAUUUUACCUACAGGUCACCAAAGAUGCUCAGCAGGGGGUAGGAGUGCAAGGGAAUGUCCCUUUCCAGAUGCCGGCCUCUUCAUCUACCCCACAGGUACCACCAGCACCCUCCCAAGCAGUUGCAAACAUCCAGCCGCCACCAGCUGAACCCCCUAAGACAUCAGACCCUCAGGCUGCACUGCAGGGACAACAUUAUGCUCCUCCUGUUCCAGGGAGUGGAGCACAACCCUCCAGUGACCAGUAUCCACCUCCAGCACAGGGGCCCGCUGCGGGGAGUGCUCCCCCAUCCACUGCUGCAUACCCCCCAUGGCCUCGAGGACCAGUACCUCCAGGAGCUUCCCAGCCAGCUCCUGCGGAACCACCUCGACCACCCUCCUCUGCAGGCAGUCAGCAAGGCUAUGGGCCCCCUGCUCCAGUGCCUGGGCUGAUGUAUGGUGGCUAUUACGGUAAUUAUGGAGAAUACCCGGAUGGCAGAGCACCAUAUCCACCUGGCCAGUACCCACCACCACCACCUGGGGAUCCUAGAGCACAGCAAUAUUAUCAAGAUGGUCCAUACAGGGGCAGAGCAGAUCCGUGGUAUGGCAGAUAUGAAGGGCAGAUCCCACCGCAACGCGAUCCAAACUACCAGUACAGAGAGCCUCAGCCAGAACGACCCAGCUCCAGAACUAGUCAGUACUCUGACAGGCCCUCAUCCAGGCAAGGCUGUCCUGAAGAUUACCAGAGAGCCAACCAAAGUGCCUAUAAUGAAUAUUAUGCAGAAUACGCCAAACAAUAUGAAUAUGGAGGAUACAACUACGGACAGUAUGACCCCCGCUACAGAGGAUACUAUGAUCCCGCCUACUGGGCUAAUUAUGAUGAAAGCUACAGAGGCAGGGAGAACUACUAUAAUCCACAGGUGUAUCCUGCCAGGAAAGAGGGCUAUGAUGAUCAGUGGCGGUACUAUCCCGGUUAUGAUGCCAGUUUCGAUGACGAUUACCGGCGACGUGGAGAAACGUACGCCGAUGACUUCGACCGACGCAGUGUCCACAGCGAGCAGUCGGCACACAGCGCGCACAGCUCUCAGAGCCACCACAGCAGACGGAGCAGCUUCAGCUCACGAUCACAACAGAGCCAGGUGUAUAGAAGCCAGCCUGACUUAGUGUCAGCGGCCUAUGACGUCACAUCAUCCACGCUGGCUGUGGACUACUCCUAUGGACAGUACCCGGACCAGCCUGAUGCCACCCAGAACUACAGCCAGUACCUCUAUCCCUCUGAGUACAUGGCAGACAGCACCUGGAUCGCCCCUGAGCAACCUCCUCCACGUCCUUCAACCCCAGAGAAGUUCACCAUACCCCACCGUUGUGCCCGCUUUGGACCUGGUGGUCAUCUGGUCCAAGUUCUGCCCAACCUCCCCUCAGCUGGACAGCCUGCUCUCGUUGACAUCCACAAUUUGGAGACCAUACUCCAAGACACCCCGGAUCAGGCAGAACUACGAGCUUUCCCUGGACCUCUUGUGAAGGAGGAGACCCAUAAGGUGGACGUGAUAAAGUUCUCCCAGAACAAAGCGCUGGAGUGUUCUCAUGACAACAACCUCUUGGACAGGGACUCUGCCCGCCUGCUCUGGGAGUUCAUUGUGCUGCUCUGUAGACAGAACGGGACCGUGGUCGGCACAGACAUCGCUGACCUCUUGCUGAAGGAGCAUCGCUCUGUCUGGCUACCGGGCAAGAGUCCAAAUGAAGCCAACUUGAUUGAUUUUAACAAUGAACCGCUGGCACGAGCCGAGGAAGAGCCGGGAGCGGGACCGCUGUCCCUCCUGUCUGACACCUUCAUGAUUGUCCCAGAGAACCUCGGCAAGGAAACGGAGCGCUUCAGGGAGCUGCUGCUGUUUGGCCGCAAGAAGGAUGCGCUGGAAGCCGCUAUGAAGGGAGGUCUCUGGGGCCACGCCCUGCUGUUGGCCAGUAAGAUGGACAACAGGACACAUGCACGUGUCAUGACAAGGUUUGCCAACAGUUUGCCCAUCAAUGACCCUCUUCAGACAGUGUACCAGCUCAUGUCAGGGAGGAUGCCUGCAUCAGCCACUUGCUGCGGAGAGGAGAAGUGGGGUGACUGGCGCCCUCACCUGGCCAUGGUGCUGUCUAACCUCACACACACCCUGGACCUGGACACUCGCACAAUCACCACUAUGGGGGACACUCUCGUAUCCAAGGGGCUGGUUGAUGCUGCACACUUCUGCUACUUGAUGGCUCAAGUUGGUCUGGGAGUUUUCACUAAGAAGAGCACCAAGAUGGUUCUGGUUGGCUCCAACCACAGUUUGUCCUUCUACCAAUGUGCGACCAAUGAAGCUAUCCAGAGGACGGAGGCCUACGAGUAUGCUCAGUCUCUGGGCUCCCAACCGUGCUCACUACCCAAUUUCCAGGUGUUCAAGUUGAUCUAUGCAUGCCGCUUGGCUGAAGCAGGCCUGAGCGCUCAGGCCUUCCACUACUGUGAAGUUAUUUCUAGGAACGUCCUCGUGCAGCCUUCCUAUUACUCUCCUGUCUUCAUAAGCCAAAUCAUACAGAUGUCGGAAAAGCUGCGAUUCUUUGAUCCGCAACUGAAGGAGAAGCCGGAGCAGGAGCUGUUCAAUGAGCCUGGAUGGCUGAUCCACCUCAGACAGCUGGAUGGACAGAUACGGACGGGAGUGAUUACAUACAAUGAAGACAGAGCAACUCCGACACAGUACGACUGCAGCAGCCCCAGCUCUGACUUGGACCAGCUGAGUCCACCUGAACCUUACAGCAUGCCUGUGGAGUUGGAUGGCCCCACCCCCGACAACCCACUAAUGAGCUCAUUACUUCCCGGGCCUCCACCGCAGGGAGUUCAGCUGAUGCCUCCAGCUCCCACCUCUAUCCUCCAAGACGGGAUGUCCCCUCCCCAGCAUUUACCCUCCAAUGAAGUGCCCCAGUUCUACCCAGUACCCCCCAGUGGACCACCAGGCCAGAUGGCCCACUCAGGCUACCCUCCACAGGAUCCUGGCUUUGCCCCCCCUCCCUUCCAACCGCAACAGGAGCAGGUAGAGAUGUUCCCAGGAGCCCAUCAGCAGCCGUGUCCCGUGCCUCUUCAACUGGGCCAAAUGUCACCACACAUGCACCCCCCUCAGGUGCCGCAUUCACCAAUACAGAUGAACCCCCCGCUACCCCAGAUGCACCGUAACAUGCCCCAGCACAUGCCCCCUUCUCCCGGGCACAUGCCACCUGCAGAGCAGAUGUCCUACGCCCCACCAGAGAUGCACGCUGCUCAGCCGAUAUCAUCCUCUCCACCCAGGAGCUCCUUCACACCACAGAUGGACUUCUAUGACCACAUGGCUCACAUGGGUCCAGGGAGGAGGUCGAGGACUACUUCGCAAUCUUCAAUGCAUAUGCCUUCAGGACGCCGCUCUCGCACCACCUCCGAAUCUUCCACUCAUUCUGGCGGAAGAGAGCGGAGCAACUCGGUUAUCAAGCAGGCCUCUCCACCUCCACCUUCGAUUCCUGAACAGCCCCGCAUAGAAGAGGCCAAGAAAGCCAAGAAAGACUCCCCGAAAAAGGGUAGUGGAGGAGGAGGAGGAGGAGGAGGAGGUGGUAGUGGUGGUUGGCUAAACUGGCUCUAUAGGAAGGGGAAGAAUGAGGCUCACUUGCCAGAUGACAAAAACAAAUCUAUCGUGUGGGAUGAAAAGAAGCAGAAGUGGGUCGACUUGAACGAGCCUGAAGAAGAGAGUAAGCCCCCUCCACCUCCUCCCCCUGGCGUUCCCAAGAUGCCUAUGAUGCCCAGCCACGGAGGGCCUGCCAGACCCCCGGGUAGUGGUCCUCCUGUCAACAUGUUCUCCAGGAGAGCAGGCACGAGGAGCAGAUACGUGGACGUUCUGAACCCCAGUAGGAUUGCUAAACCGGGCGGAUUAGGCCCUGCUCCUGCAGACAUCUUCGCUCCUUUGGCGCCAAUGUCCAUGCCCGCUAACCUAUUUGUGCCUAGUUCAGCUCCUGACGAUCAACAACCUCUAGAAGGCAGCGAAGGAGGGAAUCUGGAGCAGAAUUCACCAAACGCCAUCGCUGCUACACAGAUGUUCAACCCAACGUUGUUACCGCCUGCCCCAGAAGGUCCUCCCGUGCCUGAUGGCUCACAGUCCGGGGAGCUCUCACGUUCUAGCUCAAUGAGUUCUUUAUCACGCGAAGUGAGUCAGCAUUUAAACCAGAGUCAUGUCCAAGCGCAGGAAACGGCACCCGCUGGAGGCGUCACCUUUUAUAACCCUGCACAGUUUGCACAGACAAGUGCACCAUCGGGAGGUGGACACCGCACUGGACGUCUGGGCGGUCAGCGCCAGUACCCAGUGAUGAAAUAAACAUCUUGCAGAGAGGUUGUGUGAACAGACUUGUUGGAUAGAGUGAGAUCUUACUUGGAAGUAAAUGAAGCACAUGGACACACGGCUCUCUACCUGGACCUUUUUUUUUUUUUUUUUUUUUAAACCUGCGCCUAAGAAGAGCUUAAUCAGUCUCCAUCAUGUAGAUCUUUGUCCCGCCACUUAACCACUCUUUCAUCUAUUUCUUUGGUUCAGUAAUUGUCACCGGUGUAUUUUUAACGGGCACCGCGUUUUCUUGGAAGGGAUUUUUUUUUUUUUUUCCUGCAUCUAAACAGAAAACACGGUCGUGUAAUGGGUUUUAACUCACACGCACGUAAAAGCUAAAACUUGGAUGCAUUCAUACACACACUGUGUGUUCGUGUACAAUAAAAAAAAAAAUGUUGCUCUUCAAAUCUAACACUGUUAACAGAAUGAUCAUCCGAGGUCCCGUUUUAGGUUUCCCUUUGUGUCUAAAUGUCCCUGUUUGAUCGAUUGAUUGUAUGUGUGAUGGAUAGAAAGUGGCACCUUUUUAAUUUCACAUUGUGAACUUUGUAUGUGCAUUUGCAGCUCUUUGGUCAACUGGAGACGACAUGCUGUGUGAGAGAAUGAAUCAUGUUGAUAGCGCCAUUGUCUGCUGUGUUUGUGUUUCCUUCAGUAAAGGAAAGAUGUUUGAUGAACCAGGAAAGACACUCUUAGUGUCUUCACAAACCUGAGAGUUGAAGAGUGUUUGGAUGCUGCUCGUUUCAGAUAUUUAUUUCAAUGUCCUCCUGCCCAUCAACAACUCUUAACUUUAAAGAUGCGUCGGGGUCUUUCGUCCACGUUAGGCUUCAGUUUCUCCUCUGAGAAAUGUGUCUAUCACUGAAACGAGUGGAGGUCUUCAGAACAGCAGGAAUUGGGAUUAGAA